AUGUCCAUUGACCAUGGACCUUAUACUUCACAGUUUUGUCUAAAAUUGUGCCUUCAAACGUACACAUUGACCAAAUGCGAUUGCUGGACAGUUUCCGCUCCACCGCCCAACAAUUCAACUCGCAAACAAUGUAACUUACGACGGAAUCCAGGUCAAGCUCAAUGUGUUGAGCGAGUUCGAGAAAAUUAUUACGCUGGCGAAUUGAUCUGCAACUGUCCACCUCGAUGCAAUGAAAAAGUUUACGAAAAGUUCAUUUCCACUGGAAUCGAAGCUGCUCAAUGUUCAGCUUUAUCAUCGGGUGUCGAAGAUUCAUCGGUAGAUCACAAGUAAACAGAAAAAUGUUCUAAUCGUUGAGAUUAAAUUCGAAGACAAUUAACAUCUAAUAGUUAAUCAAUUUUGUUUCGCAGGGAAAACAUCGCCAAGGUGAUCAUUUAUUACCAAACAUUGAGCUUCACUGAAAUAACUCAAGACGUUAAAUACACGGUAAGUCUCAAUUUCGAAGU